AUGCAGAAGCAGCCGCAGCUCUCUCCUCUGGACCUGCAGCAGUGGGAGCUGCCUAAGGAGGAGUUCACUCUGGAGGAGGAGCUCGGCAGCGGACACUUCUCUGACGUCUACAGGGGGCGCUGGAGAGGCAGCAUCAGCGUGGCCAUCAAGAUCAUCAGGAGCGACUCGGAGCUGGACCAUGUGGAGUUCCUUCGUGAGGUGCAGAUCCUGAAGGUUCUCCGUCACCGUCACCUGAUCUCGCUGUUCGCCGUCUGCACCGAGUCUUCGCCAUUUUACAUCGUCACCGAAUUCAUGGAGAAGGGCAGCCUCCUGGACUUCCUGCGAGGUCUGAGGUCUCUGAGGUCUGAGAACUCCCUGUACCUGUGUCCUCUGUCCCUGUGUCCUCUUUCCCUGUGUCCUCUGUACCUGUGUCCUCUGUCCCUGUGUCCUCUGUCCCUGUGUCCUCUGUACCUGUGUCCUCUGUACCUGUGUCCUCUGUACCUGUGUCCUCUGUCCCUGUGUCCUCUGUACCUGUGUCCUCUGUCCCUGUGUCCUCUGUACCUGUGUCCUCUGUCCCUGUGUCCUCUGUCCCUGUGUCCUCUGUACCUGUGUCCUCUGUACCUGUGUCCUCUGUACCUGUGUCCUCUGUCCCUGUGUCCUCUGUACCUGUGUCCUCUGUACCUGUGUCCUCUGUACCUGUGUCCUCUGUCCCUGUUUCCUCUGUCCCUGUGUCCUCUGUCCCUGUGUCCUCUGUACCUGUGUCCUCUGUACCUGUGUCCUCUGUCCCUGUUUCCUCUGUCCCUGUGUCCUCUGUACCUGUGUCCUCUGUCCCUGUUUCCUCUGUCCCUGUGUCCUCUGUACCUGUGUCCUCUGUACCUGUGUCCUCUGUCCCUGUUUCCUCUGUCCCUGUGUCCUCUGUACCUAUGUCCUCUGUCCCUGUGCUCAGGCCCAGAGGGACCGCAGCAGGACGUGGUGUCCCUGCUGGACAUGGGAGUCCAGGUGGCUGAUGGGAUGUUGUACCUGGAGGAGCACAGGUACAUCCACAGAGACCUGGCAGCGCGGAACGUCCUGGUGGGAGACAGCUACAUCUGUAAAGUGGCCGACUUCGGACUAGGACGAGUCAUCAAGGUGAGGGGUCCUCAGGGUCCUCAUGGUCCUCAUGGUCCUCACGGUCCUCACGGUCCUCAGUCUUGA